AUGGAUUCCAAGGGAAAAGAUAUUGUAAUUAAAGGGGAUACCUUUAGUGAGGAUGAUGCUAAUGCUUCAGCAGUGCUGCGAAAUAUAGCGCGGCAAGCUAGAAAGGAGAAUAAGAGGGACUCUAGAGAGCAAGAUCAGCCAGUGGUUGAUAGGGGUUGCACAUUUCAGCAGUUCACCCAGGCGAACCUAUCGGUGUUUGCAGGUGGACCGAACCCGAUCGUAGUCGAAGAUUGGGUUCAAGAAAUAGAGAAGCUGUUGCGGGUGUUGGAGUGCACUAAGGAGCAAAAUGUGAAGUAUGCCACUUACAAAUUAGUGGGGGAAGUAAAGAGAUGGUGGCGAUUGGCGAAACUGGUGGAGCAGCAACGCCCAGGGCCGAUGGCUAUCACUUGGAGCUGGUUCAAGGAAGUUUUCUUCGACAGGUAUUUCCCUGUUGUGACCCGAACAAUUAAGCAAUAUGCGGCCAAGUUUGUGGAGCUAUCCCACUUUGCUCCACACAUGGUCUCGAACGAGUCGCUGAAGGCACAGAUAUUUGAGAGGGGACUAAGACAGAGCAUACGCGUGCAAGUGGUGGCAUUGUUGACUUAG